AUGUUUAAACUAUCAGAACUGGUCAAGUGGUUGGGCCUCACAGAGUUUGAGAUUUUUACGAAUCUCCUUGCACUCCUGGUGUUCACGAUACUGCUCUCGUUGCGCGUUUCUAGCUACUUGACUGCUGAAUAUCUGGAUUGGUUUGUAAUUUUCUCGCCACUAUUCUGCGGGGACGCGUGCAAUGCCUACUUCUGCCUCAUUGUGUGCAUCCGAAUGUACUUGGAGAGUGACCAGAUAAAGCGGCGAGCCUUCCAUCGACUCCUCUGGAGUGCCAACUACAUCGUUCUUACGGCUGUAUUCAAAUACUUACUGUGCUUGAAGUUGUCCGGCCAAAUUGGUCUGGAAUUCAGCGAAGUCUUCUCACCUAUCUUCAUUCUCCUGCAGCUGAUCGCCGUGCGCGCCUGCCAGCUGCCAAACUCCAGCUAGACACCCCAUGACUCCAUAAAUUUUUAAUUUGAGAAUUUGUAUUUCAUAUUAUCGCCACGUAAGUAACAAAAAUGGAUAGUCUAAA